AUGGAGGUUUCCGCUGAUUAUCAGGUCAUGGACUGCUGCGUGAGAACUAGCUCGAUGCCCAUUCCCGCCAGAGUCGUCCGAGAUUACCGGGACCAGUAUGUUCAAGACGGCUGCCCAGUCCGGGCUGUGAUUUUCAUCACCAUCAGAGGGAACCUCUGCGCCCCUCCCCAUGCCCCGUGGGUGAAGCAUCUGAAAGAGACGUUGAACCGCCGAAACCAUAACAGGGUCAUCCUGGCGUUCCUUCUAGACGGCCGGCUGACCCCUUGCAUCCUAGAGGAGGAACCUUGA